AUGUCUGUCCCGAUCUCACCCUUUGCUGCCUCGUCCGCUGCAGCAGGAACCGGAGAGAUCAUCUUGGCCCUGCUCCCUCCGGGCAGACAAACCCUGCAGAAAUGUACAUACCAGUACCCGCUCAAACUCAUUGCCCCCGACCCUCACCAUUCCAGCGAGCAGAAACACGUGACAAUCACAUUUCUCCUAACAUAUGGCGGCGGCCUCGUGGGCGGCGACCAGAUCGAUCUGAAGGUCGAGCUACAGGAUGCUACCAGGCUAGUGCUCCUCACCCAAGGCAGUACAAAGAUCUUCAAGUCCCCAGAGAAGUCCGUGGUCAGUGGUCAAACCCUCAAUGUCACGAUCGGCUCUCAGGCUGCUCUAUGCUACUUGCCCGAUCCGACCCAGCCAUUUGCCGAAAGCGUCUACGAACAGAAACAGACCUUUACUGUUCAGCAUGACGGCACGAGCAGCUUGCUGGUGCUUGACUGGGUCAGCGAAGGACGGCGCGCCAGAGGAGAGAGCUGGACGUUGUGGAGUUGGAAAGGCAAGAAUGAAGUUAGAGAGUCAAACGACCAGGGCAAAGGAAGGCUCUUGCUCCGGGAUGCAGUCAUGUUGCGUGGGGAUGAUCUCGGCGGCAUGGGGCUUGUUGAAAAGUCCAACAACAUGGGUAUCUUUGGCACCCUGAUCGUCUACGGUCCUGUCUUCAAGUACCUUGGAGAAUUCCUCCUUCGCGAGUUUUCCACCCAGCCGCGAAUCGGGGCGAAAAACUGGACUACAAGCGAUGGCAUAGCUGAGGGCAAUGUCGUCCACGAAGAUGACCAAGCCAAGCGACUCGAACAGCAAAAUGGUCUUUUGUGGACAGCUGCAAACGUGAGAGGGUUUGUGCUGGUGAAGUUUGGAGCCAAAGAGAUCGACGGGGCCAGAAGAUGGCUGGGCACUCUUCUGAAACAGGAAGGCUCGGUCGAAAAGGUUUUUGGUCAUCAGGCUCUCCUUUGCCUUAGGUGA